AGGACUGGUAAUCUUAUGAAAAAAACGUGAGUUUAUACAAAACACAGGCACGUCUCUCGGUAACAUUGGUUAAAACUCUUCAAGCGUCCUCUCGUUUUGGGGUGUUGGCACACGGAAGGAUGUAGAGACACAACUCGACCAAUGAUUUCUCAAGGGUGGGGUUUACUGUAUGGCGAUACUUGUACUUUUUAUUGAAAAACUACUUGAAAGAAUAAUAAAAAGUGUUCGCUGUCUUCCGAAUUUACGUGAAACCCUUGCUGUACUCGAACGUGCCAUCAUAAUGUUCGCCGAGUAAUUCGCUUUUUUCCAAAGCAAAACCCUGGAAAUCUUGACGAGGCUUUCCAUUGACCGUUCUGUGGAGACCUUGUGUGUGUUUGUGUGGGCGAGUGAGCUCGAAGAGAAUUCAACAUGGUUCUUGCCCACCUAAAAGGGUUUGGAAAGCAGCUUCUGAGGGUGAAGAUGGUCGACUGCAGCACAGAAGAGUCUCGGCUUGCUCGAUGUCUCAACACAUUAGAUCUGGUGGCUCUUGGAGUGGGCAGCACAUUGGGCGCUGGCGUCUACGUGCUGGCCGGAGCCGUGGCCCGAGAAAAUGCUGGACCGGCUAUCGUUGUGUCCUUCCUUAUUGCAGCACUUGCCUCGGUCAUGGCCGGACUGUGUUAUGCUGAGUUCGGCGCACGUGUACCCAGGACAGGCUCCGCAUAUCUGUACAGCUAUGUGACAGUAGGGGAGCUGUGGGCCUUCAUCACUGGCUGGAACCUCAUCCUCUCCUACAUUAUAGGGACCUCCAGUGUGGCUCGGGCGUGGAGUGCAACCUUCGAUGGGCUCAUUGGUAAACACAUAGAAAACUUCUGCAGACUCCACAUGAAUAUGAAAAUGCCGGGAGUGCUAGCAGAGUAUCCAGACAUGUUUGCUGUUCUCAUCAUCCUCACACUCACAGGGUUGUUGGUGUUUGGGGUGAAGGAGUCAGCUAUGGUCAAUAAGGUGUUCACCUGCGUCAACGUUCUGGUCUUGAUGUUUGUGGUGGUGUCUGGCCUGAUCAAAGGAACCCUCAAAAACUGGAACCUGAGUCCUGAGGAGAUCUUAAACAAAACGUCCUCUAUGAAUACAUCAGAGCUGUUGUCAUUUGGAAAGAGUCUGGGUGUUGGAGGCUUCAUGCCCUUUGGCUUCUCUGGAGUUUUGUCUGGUGCCGCAACCUGUUUCUAUGCUUUUGUCGGAUUUGAUUGUAUCGCCACAACAGGUGAGGAGGUGAAGAAUCCUCAGAGAGCAAUACCCAUCGGCAUUGUAGCAUCACUCCUCAUCUGUUUCGUUGCAUACUUCUGCGUAUCAGCUUCCCUCACUAUGAUGAUGCCAUACUACAUGCUGGAUGAGAAAAGCCCUCUGCCUCUGGCAUUCAAAUAUGUAGGCUGGGAAGGGGCGACUUAUGCAGUGGCUGUUGGCUCUCUUUGUGCCUUGUCUACCAGUCUAUUGGGCUCCAUGUUCCCAAUGCCCCGUGUAAUAUGGGCCAUGGCUGAAGACGGACUUCUCUUCAAGUUCUUGGCUAACAUCAGUGAAAAAUCCAAAACCCCUAUAAUGGCCACUGUAACCUCGGGCAUAGUGGCAGCGGUGAUGGCUUUAUUGUUUGAUCUGAAAGAUCUGGUUGACCUCAUGUCCAUCGGCACCCUGUUGGCAUACACACUAGUUGCAGCCUGUGUCCUCAUCUUGAGGUAUCAACCAGAGCAGCCCAGUGUGAAUGUAGAAUAUCAGAUUGCCAGUUGUCAGGAGGACACCAAUGUUGACUCCAUUAAUGAGAGCAGUAAUGGUUUUCUGCCUGGAUCUCAAGACUUCUGCACUCUUAGCAAUCUCCUCUUCCCCAAAAACACAGAGCCAUCCCAUUUCUCUGGCUUUGCCGUCAACAUCUGCACUAGCAUAUUAGGUGUGUUGGUGUGUGUGUUCUGUUUAAUGGCGGUGCAGGGUGGCUUUCAAGUCUGGUCUCUUGCUGUUCUUGGAGCUCUGGCCGUGGUUUGUUUCAUCAUAACCAUGAUAAUAUGGAUGCAGCCUGAGAGCAAGACCAAACUGUCCUUUAAGGUUCCCCUGCUGCCGUUCCUCCCUGUCCUCAGUAUGUUUAUUAAUGUGUUUCUGAUGAUGCAGUUGGAUUCAGGCACCUGGAUGCGUUUUGCCAUUUGGAUGGCCAUAGGUUUUUUUAUCUAUUUUUCCUAUGGGAUCUGGAACAGUACAGAAGCAGCCUUGGCCAGUAACAGCACUGAAGUAAGCAUAGACAACUUCAAACCUAUAAUGACUAAUGGACUUCCUGCACCAGAGAAAGAGGCUUUUUUGAGUAACGGUAUUAGUGCUGCUGGUGAGGAGGACAGUGACCCUUGAAAAUACACUUGAAAUGCCUUUAAGUGGUAGCAUCAUGUGCUUAGAACCUACACUUGACGCUCAAGUUUGCUGCUCUUCAAAAUACCAAAGACUUUGUUACUAAAGAUCCAAAGCACCUUUAAGCAGCAUUACAAGUCGUGAUAUGAUCAUUUAUAUUUACUAGAUUUAUUUGGGUAAAAAACAUGAAGGACCGCAUUACUGAUUGUAAAAGGGACAGAACACAUGUGCUCUGAGCAUAUGUAGGGAAGUACACUGCACUAUUAGAACCAUUGGUUCCUCAUAUGUCAAAUUGGUUUAUUUAAUUUUUUUCUAUUUUAUUGUAUUUUUUGGCUUGUUUCCAUCAUGCUUUCCCAUUCACUUUUAAAAGGGUCUUGAGCAAAUUGCACACUGAACAAAUCGUUACCCUAUUUUUGUUAUCAAUUUGUCCUCUCAGGCAUGAGGUCACGGUUUGUAGACUUUUAUGAGUUUAAGUUACUAAGAUUUCUUGCAUGAGAGAAGACGUUACCUGCAGGGUGGGAAAUUAACACCUGCCACCAGCCAACUGUCAGUACUUAUUUGGGUAGUGGCGGGUAGCUUUGCCUUCUCUACCAGCCACUGUGGAGGGUAACCUGAGAAAAGUCUCGGAUUGCCCUUUCAGCAAAGAACAGAUGAAGAAAAGAUGGCGAAUUGGACACUUUUAGUCAUUCCUUCAGAUUUCUAAAGAUGUUUUCUUCUCAUACGCACAUCACGAGUGCUUUUCAAAGGGCAACGAAGGCAAUUCUGUCUGAUCCGAACUGACAGAAUGUCUUCUGUGGCACAAGUCACAGAAACUUUUAAUGAUGGUUACAGGAGGAAUGUAACAUAACACACAUUGCAUCACAUCCUGCUGCGUAUGGGGCUGCGUAGCCGUUGACCGCUCAGAGUGCCCAAGAUGACCCCUGUCCACCAUCAAAUGCGCCUACAGUGUGUCAGAACUGGACCUUGCAGCCGUGGAAGAAAGUCGCCUGGUCCAAUGAGUCCCAUUUUCUUUUACAUCAGGUGGACAGCCAUGUACGUGUGUGCCAUUUUACCUGGGGAAGUGAUGGCACCAGGAUGCACUAUGGGAAGACGACAAGGCGGUGGAGGAAGUGUGAUGCUCUGGGCAAUGUUCUUCUGCGAAACCCUGGGUCCAGCCAUUCAUGUGGACAUCAAUUUAAAACGUGCCACCUACCUAAACAUCCUUGCAGACCAGGUACACCCCUUCAUGGCAAUGGUAUUUCCUGAUGGCAGUGGCCUCUUUCAGCAGGAUAAUGUGCCCUGCCACACUGCACACAUUGUUCGGUAAUGAUUUGAGGAACAUAACGAAGUGUUCAAGGUGUUGAAUUGGCCUCCAAAUUCCCCAGAUCUCAAUCCGAGCAUCUGUGUGAUGGACCAACAAGUCCGAUCCACAGCGGCUCUAUCUCGCAACUGACAGGACUUGAAGGAUCUGCUGCAGAUGUAUUGGUGCCGGAUACCACAGGACACCUACAGGGGUCUUGUAGAGCCCAUGCCUCGGCAGAUCACGUGAUGAUUUGGUGGCACGCGGAGAACCAACAGCAUAUUAGGCAGAUGGUCAUAAUAUUUUCAGUCAUAUACUGUACAUAAAAAACACAUUUAUAGUGAGUGCUUUUUUACAUCUGAAUUUAAAAAUGGCUGGAAAAAUUGCGCUGUCCGUCGGCCAAAAAUUUUUAUUUCUCACCCUGAUUAUGUGCAAACAAUGUCUGGGAACAGGAUAAGAAACAUCUCAAUUAUUCAUUGGGAUUGCGAAUGGUUAACUGUUGUGUGCAUGUUGCUUUUGUUAGCAGUUUUACAUUUGUUGGGUCUGGUGUUAGGCUAAUUAUAUGUGUACAGUAUAUUUUGUAUACUUUAAAAAAAAAAAAAGUGUUUUAUUUAAGUUUAUCCUUUUUUUUGGGGUUAGAAUUUGAAAACCAAAAUAUGGAGUAUGAAUAAUUAUGUUGGAUUAUAAAUAGUUGAUCCACCAUAAACUGCAUUUUUUCAACAGCUGACGCUUUAAAUUUAGGUUCAUAAAUACAAUUUUCAAUUAUUCAUUUUAGCAGAAACGUUAUUGAGUGUAUUACAUUUCAAUGCAUUUUGCACUGUAUUUUUUCAACAAUUAUAUAAUAAUCAGUUUUUGACAUCAAACAAUAUUAAGGGAACUGUAAAUGUACUGUAAAUUCUUGCAAUAAAUUAUUUUAAUGUUUGUACAGAAAAUAGCAUUUCUAUUAUGUUUAUUGUGAGGGGAAAAAAACAGCAUUUUCAUGAUGGAAGAAUUGUCACAAAACCCUAUUCUGAAAGGUCGAUCAUAUAUGUAAAGUAUUUUUAUUCCUAUAUUAUCAAGUUACCAAAACUACAAUUUAAGCACAGUACAGCAACAUUUUCUCUGCUCUUUCUUUAAGUUUCUGUUCUUGCUUCUGGAGAAUAUCUCUUAUUGCAUGACUUGUGCAAUGAUGCUUGAUUUCUAAAGUACAAUUGACCAAUUUUUUUCUUUCAAUGAACCAUUUAUUAACCAACCAGAUUUUCUCAACAAUCUUGCAGAAUAUACCAAUUUACUGGUAAACGUUUACCGAUGGAAUGUGUUUAUUUGAAAUGUACAGUUGCUUUGAUUACAUACAGCAUACGUUUUCUUCACAUUUUUCACACUCGCUAGUUUAUUUAAUUUGUCUUCUAACAAUGUACAAAAUGUGUCAGGAGAUUGUUGUCAUUUUUUUAUCUGUAAGUUAUGACAAUUCCCACCUCUGUCAUCUUCAACACAAUGCUGUAUACUUAAAUUGAGUUAUACUAUGGAAAUUUACAUUUAUGCAUUUGGCAGACGCUUUUAUCCAAAGCGACUUACAGUGCAAUUAUUACAGAGACAAUCCCACCGGAACAACCUGGAGUUAAGUGCCUUGCUCAAGGACACAAUGGUGGUGGCCAUGGGCUUAGAACCUGUGACCUUCUGAUUAACAGCCCUGUGCUUUAGCCACUACGCCACCACCACUCCACAAUGACAUUUUAAAGUUUUUUUUUUUCCCCAUUCUAAGGCUAAUUUCAUUGCUAACUUUUUAUGUAUUUUAUUACAAAUAAAAUCUUCACUCUUCCUGCAUAAUUACAGCUUUAUAUAUAUAGAUAUAUAGAUAUAUUUGGAGAUUUGU